UAUCUGUUUUCUUUUGGUGUAAUAACCUGCUUAGUCAAAGUCUCUGAUACGUUUCAUAAUUAUAACAUCUGUAUAUUCAUUGAUUAUAAAGGCCUGAUACCUAGCGUUCUGGGCUAUACAGAGAUGAACAGUGAUCUGUGCAAAAGCAAUGCAAAUGACCAUUCUUAGAUCUUCAGAGUAUUUGUCAAGAAAACCUGAGGUAGUACCCUGCUGUAGAUGGAGGUUGAUGAAGAACAGGAACAAGAUGGCAUCUAUGCUUCAAAAUAUCAGAGCAACAAUGGACUGGCAGAGACACCUGCUUUUAGCUGACUUUGAGAAUGAGAGCCCUGUACCAGACAAAUACAAGAGAAAAACUUCUUUCAGUUCUCUUAAUACUAUCGGCAUGUCUCUAAGAAAGCGAAUACCGUUAAAGCAAGUAGAGCUGAAUUUCCAUGAGACACCACUUUGGGAAAACAUGGAAGCAAGAAAGAAAAGCCAAGUGCUCCAAAGUAUUACAAAAACAGCAAGAAAUGCUUUUGGAACAGUGUCACAGAAAAUACGGAAGACUUGCCAAAGGCCAAUACAUUCAACUGUGACCUUUCCAGCUGAAGACACCGGCAGCAGCUCCGCAACCAGUUUUUCCAAGAAAAGAAGAACAGUACAAACACCUUGCCUUAGUAUAAACAGUGUUACUUCAGCAGCUAGUUCUACAUGCACUCCAAGGUCCAGCAGAAGAUGCUUGCUUUGGCCAACAAGGUUAUCAGAACAUACAAAAUUGACGGGUUUCCCAUCUUGGCGUGGUGAAGAUGCUGUCCCACUCGAGAUCAAGGAGAGCAUCAACAGCACUGAAGAGCCUCUGUUCAUCACCUACUCCUGCCAGCAGAAGAAUGCACCAUGCAAUAUCAAACUACUGCUAUUCUAAUGGCAUGAAGUUUGCAGCCUGUGCAUCAAUCUUGGGAACUUCCUCAGGCUGUCAGAAGACAAGGAAAGAAACUCCGUUCAGCAACUGGUGCCUGGACAGAGAUGGCUAUAAACACCGUUAGUUUAUGAAUAUAUAUAUAAAGGAAAACUUCAUUUGAGAUAUGAGACUAUACCUUAUACUCUGCAUAGAACUGUGUGCUUUAAAAAACAAUUAUAUUUUAUAAUAUUUUUGGCAGAGCAGCCUAAAACUACUCUUCCCUUGCUUUUGCUGUUCAAGUCAACUAGAGAAAUAAAUCUGAACCACAGUGUACUACCUAUCUUCUGCUGAGACAAUGGACUAUCUUCAAUGGGGCUUUCACAACUUUCAUAAAGCACUAAGUAGGAAUGGUCAAAGCAAGGGCAGAGAUCUACAAAUGAUGAUCAUAGGAAAGAGUAAUAUUCAGAUCCUCCUAUGUAUUAUGAAAGCACUGAUCUGUUAUUUUCUAAGCUUAACAAUUUAUCUUAUUUUUUUUAAUACUAACAAAUCAAAACCUAACUUUACACGUUAAAAAAUAUUUUACAGUUUAAAAUGUUAACUAUAAUGCUUAAAUGAUUGCUAUUUGAGUUUUGACCCCAACUGCCAUUCCAAGUCAGCAGGUUUCUGUACUCAUUUCAAAGUCACAACAGUGGAGCCAUGUUAGGACUCCAACUCACAGCCCAAGGAUUGCUGUUAAGUAAGUGAGCCCAAGUAGUUCUACCCUAAAUCAUAGCAACUUAAUUUUUUGCUCCUAUUUUAAAUACCAUAAUGGCAGCAGAGUUAAACAUUGCUUUUGUACAACACCAUCUGUCAUUUAGUUAUAUGCAGAAAUUGCUUAUCAGUUAAUAUACAUAAGUUGCUCUGAAAGUAAUGCCUUAUAUUUAUUUCCAUAAAUAUUCAGCAAGUGCUGAUGAAUGUCAGUGGGUGCCAUUUUUUUUCCCCACACAGAGGAAUUCAGUUCCUCACCUUUGCUUCAUACAGAUCCUAUUUUGUCAGACUGCCACUCUCUGUUGCAUGACAAGAAAAUGUAACAGAAUAAUUGUUUUAAAUCACUAAGAAGAUUCAACCUGUAUUGCCAUGCUACCAACAUAUGUUUCUGAUGUUGCAGGCCAACAUCAUAAAUGAGAGGCAUUCAUUUUGGAGCAACGCUCUUAUUAUAACUACUGUUAUUUGCUGAUACAAUGCAGGCAUUCUGUUCAGUGAAGUAUACUAGGCAUUUGACACGUCUUUCAAACUUAAGCAAAGAUUUCUUAAGCUUCUAGAAUUCAACAGCUAUUUCUACAGUAGCAGUUUUGUGCAAGUUUUGGCAUUUACUUUCUACUCUAAGCUGAACCUUCAAACAAAAGACAGAUUCAGAGACCUUUUCCGUACAGUGACUUUUAAGAUGCACAUGUAAUUUGGUAAAACUGGAACCGCUAGAAUGUUAAUGAUAUUAAGUAUAAAUGUAGGUAACAGUCAUGUUCGAUUCUGAUUAAAGUACUGAUUUUUAAACUUGUUUCUGAUUUCCUUUUUACCUGUUAAACUAAUUUAUUAAAUAAUGAAAUAAUUAGCAAGCUCUGGAAGCACGAAGACAACCCAGCCUUCAGAUGACUGGUGAGAAUGUUAUUUUUCUUUUUUUUUUUUUUUUUUU